AUGGGAUUGCUCGUUCUUCAUGUACUGUCACUCGUGGCGGUGGAAGGUUCUUCACGAGCCAUCAUCCGCCACGGUGAGAGGCUAAGCUUGGAUCAGAGCCCAGAGGCCGCAGGGACAGCUACGGAGGCGCCUGUUGCUAGAGAAGUGGAUGCCUUUGGUCGUUGCACCAUCCCCAUGUGGAAUGCCCGGGAUUUCGCAUGCGACGAGCAUUUGCAGGUGGAGGCCAUUAACAUGUACGAAGACUCUCGAGGCCGGCUCCGCAAGAAGAUGGACGAUGGGCAAAGUUGCACCACGCACGCUGGUGGCAGGUCCUUUCCUGAUCUCAUCGCAGUGGCCAUGAUCUUCACUCCGGCAGAAGAACGAGUUUUGGAUGUGCUCUCUGCCAAAGGCUUUGAUGCCCGUGACCUUGCUGGUUUGACCCUGGAGGAGUUACAAGACGAACUGCCUACUGAGGCUGUUCUCCACCCAGGCCUGAGCUUUGCCAUGGAAGACCUUCAACGUUCCGGGACAGCCCGCGAGGUGUGGAUUACCACCACUGCUGAAUCCUUGCUCGCGCGCUUUCAGCCUGGAACGCUCGCUGCUGUCCUUCGGACUUGGAACCGGCUUGUGCAGUGGCAGCUUGAGACCGAGGCCGCCCUGGGACCAGUCAGUGAUGUCCUUCUCCACCAGUUCCUUCAGGCGCAGGGACGCAGAGGUCGCACAGUACCAGCUUCAGUGUACAACCACCUACGAUGGCUCACUGACAACUUGAAAGUCUCCUUCCCGCUGGACUCGCCAAUGUUGAAAGACUUUACUGCCGCUUCCGGUGCCACCACUACCUGGCCUACGCAAGUGAAAACUUUGUCUGCUCAAGUUUGGAGGCAUUUGCUGCAGUUGGCCACAUCCUCUUCUACGUCGUCCCUUGCCCUGGCCGCUGGCUUGGUCAUUCGCUUCGCAGUUUCUGGCCUGAGGUUCAAACACUGCGCUCGUGCGAGUUUUGAGCCCGAGCUCUCUUCGAUACGCACGGGUGUCUGGAAGGUCUCUCACGGAAAGGAUGGUAUGCCUUUUGCUGUCGCUCUGCCGAUGUACGUUGAACCGGGACAUCCUCUACUGAGCCAUGUGCAGGCACGAGUGCGUGCUAUCUUAGGCGUCGGAACACCAUUCUUACCAGACAUGUGGUUUGAUGCUCAGGGGAGUGUGGUGCUCCGGUCUGCGCCUGCGGAUUAUCCCCGCUUCCAGGCCUUCGCCCGCUCCCUGUUGCAUUUGCCACCCCUGUCGCUGACUGAGCACGCGGCUUCAACUUUUUCCACACGUAGUUUUCGUCGAUUCCUUCCAACCGUUGCGGAUGCCCUCCAGCUUUGCGACUCUGAUCGCCUCUGCUUGGGCAAUUGGUCCGAUGGCCGCAAGCUGCCUCUUCCUGUUCGGUACAGCUCGGAGCGACUGGAGUCUGCUGCGCAGGUUCGGCGGCUGUGCUUAGCCUCGGUCCACCAUCUGCUUAAACACGCGCCGCUUUGCGACUCAUGGUCUGGCCUCCGUGCGGUGGCCCCUCAUGUCGCUCGCUUGCGGUCGAACAUCGCCACCUCCUCUUGGGGUCCUGGCGUGCGUGCCAUCCCGGAGCCGGAUCUUGUUGAAAGCAGCCCGGUGUCCACGGAGCGAGCAUCUUCCUCUGGAGGCUCUGAUUCCCCUUCCAGUGAUGCCUCUACGGAGUAUCUGCUGGCCCCGGCCGGUGAUGCUCCUACCGAUCCGGAGUCUGUCUGCUUUGUGUGCCCGGCCAAAGGCCUCUGGCAUGCUGCUGCAGAACCUCAAAGUCUCACACCGCUGUGCUCCAGUCGUGUUUUCCGUCAACAGGGUAUUGUGUGGGCCACUGGGCUCACGGCCGCGCUGGACCUUCAUGGAAAGUUCUGUGCGCCGUGUCUCCUCAAAUUUCCGUUCAAAUCGUGGCUUUCCGUCUCUGACAUGGCUUCUGGCGUGGAGCGCUUCGAGCUCCUGCUCGUCAAUGAACACAAGGUCGCCGCAGAAGUCUUUCACUCUCUCAAGCACAUGGGGUGUGAGAGCGUAGCAGACUUUGUGGGUCUGUACACCGAGGCUGACUAUGAAGACGGGCUGAAAGAAGUUCUCCAGAAAACUGAGACCUUCAAGGACAAUCGAAUCCAGCUUGCCCGCUUGCGCGUGGCAUGGGCCCGAGCCAAGCAAGACUUGAGCGCCACCUCCUCUGGCCCACAAGAAGAGAACCUCGAGGCCCCUCUUCCGCCAGAAGUUCGGCAACGCCAAGAAGAUGCUUUCUUCGCCAAGUACAAUGUCAGGUUUCCUCCUGACCUUCUCCCUGCAGCCACUUUGUUUGCGCGGCACUUUCGCGAACUUCGCAGACAACACAAAGAGCUCGAUGACUUGGCUCGUGUGAAAAGUGCAGCUGAAUCCUCGACAGCACCAGCUACCGAGGUAAAGCAACUCGGGGACUUUCGUGUGGUCCUCAAGGCUGAGCCUCCGGCCGUCAGCUUCAAAGACCUCAUCAGCUUGCUUCGUGCUCAUGAGAUUCUCCUCAACAGCUGGGCCAUGGCUGGCACAGCAGAGCGAGACUCAAAGUUACUCCCGGGAACCAAAGUCUUGGAGUUCUCCAUGUCCGACAACCUGGCCUACCGCACCUUUGCUGCAGAGCGCCUUCGGCGCUACCCCGGAACUGUGACGCAGGCCAUCCAAUGGUUCCUCGACCGAGAUCGCCAAACACGCUUGGCCGCCAUCACCUUGUACCAAGACGAAUGGCCCUUGGGUGAAGCUCUCAAAACAGCCUAUGAAUCCAAGACAGCAGUCCUAUGGCAGGUCGACACAUCCACAGGGAAGACCAUUUCCGCCAAGGACCUGUGCGAGAAGUGGAACAAGGGACAGUGCACUCGUCGCCAAGCCGAAUGCAGUGAGAAGAAGCUCCAUCGGCAGCAUUUGCAAGCAGCCCUCGCUUUGUCUAGCCCUUUUGCACAAGAAAUUUUGUUGGAAAAGGACUUGCAGUUCGCGGUGCAUGAGGCUGUUUGCGCAGGGUUGGAUAUCAUGCGGGUCCGCAAUGAGAGUUACGCCCGUGGCCUCCUCAAUUGGUUAGAAAUGUCGCUCUUGGGCAAACCUCUUACGGCUGCCUUCUCCGGCCUCAUCGCCCGGCAGUACUUCGACCACACCAAUGCGUUAACUCCCAGCUUGGCACUCUGCCUUCAGUACUUGCAGCUGGCCCUCUCGAUCGUACCAUCUCGCCGUGUGCCCGUAUACCCCCGACUCACGGAACCCGUCAUCGUCUACACUGACGCAUCCACUGCUGCGCCAACUCCGCUCGGCUUCCGCCUAGGCAUUUGGAUCUUGUGUGAUGAGCGUAUUUGGGUUGACAGCAUUGAUGUUCCCAAAGAGGUUGUUGUGACCUGGGCACCUCGCCAGACUUACAUCAACCUACUUGAACUACUCGCCGUUCCUUUGCUCGCAGUAUCUGCUCCAGAACUUCUCAGAAAUCGUGACGUCCUGUGGUUCCUUGACAACCAAGCAGCCUGGCGAGCUAUCAUUCGAUCUGCCUCCUCAGCUGCGGACGUUGGUCACUUGUCCCUGCUGGCAGGCCUUCAAUUUGCUCGCCUGCGAUGUAACCCUUGGUUUGAGUGGGUCCCCUCCCAACAAAACCUCAGCGACCCCUUGAGUCGCUUAGGGUGGGCAGACCCUGCUGUCCCCGAGUUUGAUGAGAUGACCUGCACCAGAGGCCUUUUCAAGCAUGGCGAGGGUGCCAUUGUGAAGAAGAUCGAGUGCAGCACCUCCAACAUCUUCAAGUCAUCUGUGAUCUUGGGCGUUUGCGUGGUCGCACUGGGCAUCGUGGCCACCUGGUACCUACAGCGGAGGCAGCAGCUUCUGGGUGACAACGGUGACGAACCGGGAGCGCGGGAGCGGGAGCGGGGGGUGGUCAUUGUGAACAGAUGA